AGAAGAAGAAGAAGAAGAAGAAGAAGAAGAAGAAGAAGAAGAAGAUCGAUAUUCGCGCGCGGUAAAGUUACCCUCCAGCAGUAACACAGCAUGUUGUUUGACCUUUCAGACUUGCCGUAGUGUUGUGCAAUAUGUAGCCAUUUAGCGCGAACUUCAACCGGAAUAAAGCCAAACCGAGGGACAACUGCUGUUAUAUGUUGAACUAAUGCUGUUAUAAAUCUUCUAUCGGACUAACAUCACCUCAGUUGACUUAACUUACUCGCUGGUAAUACCCAUGUGUUAAGUCAGUGGCAUACAGUUAACGUUAGUGCUUUAUGAAGUAAUCGCAAAGAGACAUGGGCGCAUCUGCUGUGGAAAUGAAGCAGGGAGAGCCGCUGCUUGUUUCUGCGUAACUAACGUUAGAGGUAAGUUUUAGCGUCAAAUGCUAGCAACACGGACAGCUGAGGAGUCAGCCACGCCGAGAAAACAGGGAAAAUGAGAAGGAGUCUGGCUCCCAGUCAGGUUGCUAAACGGAAGCAAGCAGGAGAUUCCUGUGAAGAUGAUGACUGGACAUGUAGAACUGAGAAAAGAAGAAAAAGUGAUAAUGAGAAGAGAGACAGCCACAUCUCUCCCUUCAGAAAGCCUCUGACACAGCUGAACAACUGGCCUGCAUGCUCACUUGUCUCCUUUCUACAGGAGGCCUUUAUUCGAAGUAUCCUCUCCAAGCCAUUUAAAGUUCCUAUUCCAAAUUACACGGGCCCGCUGGGAAUCAGGGCACUUGGUCUAAAGCGUGCAGGAGUAAGGAAAGCACUUCACGACCCCCUCGCAGAAGAUGCUUUGGUUCUUUAUGAGCCCCCAGCUCUGAGCGCUCAUGACCUGAUCAAAGCUGACAAAGACAAACUACCAGUCCAUGUUGUCGUGGAUCCAGUUUUAGGAAAAGUGCUCAGACCCCAUCAGAGAGAGGGGGUGAAGUUCCUGUGGGAGUGUGUGACAGGAAGACGCAUCUCAGAAUCCUACGGCUGCAUCAUGGCUGAUGAGAUGGGCCUGGGGAAGACUUUGCAGUGUAUCACCCUCAUGUGGACCCUGCUGCGCCAAAGCCCUGAUGCUAAGCCAGAGAUAGACAAGGCCAUUGUGGUUUCACCCUCCAGUCUGGUUCGCAAUUGGUACAACGAAGUAGGAAAGUGGCUGGGAGCACGCGUUACACCAGUGGCCAUAGACGGAGGUUCAAAGAAUGAGAUCGACAGACAAUUAGUGAACUUCAUCUCUCAGCAUGGUUUGAGAGUACCGACGCCGAUCCUGAUCAUUUCAUAUGAGACAUUUCGACUGCAUGCUGAGGUUCUGCAUAAGGGCAAAGUUGGACUGGUCAUCUGUGAUGAGGGUCAUCGGCUGAAGAACUCUGACAACCAGACAUACCAGGCCCUAAAUGCCAUGAGUGCCCAGAGGAGAGUGCUGAUAUCAGGCACUCCCAUCCAGAAUGACCUGCUGGAGUACUUCAGCUUGGUCCACUUUGUUAAUGCUGGAAUCCUUGGUACAGCUCAGGAGUUUAAAAGGCGAUUUGAGCUUCCCAUCCUCAAGGGUCGAGAUGCAGAUGCCAGUGACAAAGACAGACAGAUUGGAGAGGAGAAACUCAAGGAGCUUAUCAGCAUUGUCAACAGGUGCUUGAUAAGGAGAACGUCUGAUAUCUUGUCUAAAUAUCUUCCUGUGAAAAUCGAGCAGGUUGUGUGUUGCAGGUUGACUCCUCUACAGUCAGAGCUCUAUAAGCGCUUCCUAAGGCAGGCCAAACCCAUUGAGACAUUACAAGAGGGCAAAAUAAGUGUCUCCUCCCUGUCUUCCAUCACAUCACUCAAGAAACUGUGCAAUCACCCAGCUCUCAUCUAUGACAAGUGUGUAGAAGGUGAGGAGGGCUUUGAGGGGGCGCUGGAUCUGUUUCCACCUGGCUACUGCACUAAAGCUGUGGAACCUCAGCUCUCUGGGAAAAUGCUGGUUCUUGACUACAUUCUGGCGAUAACGAGGACUACAACCAGUGACAAGGUGGUGCUUGUCUCCAACUACACUCAGACACUGGACCUCUUUGAAAAGCUGUGCAGAUCCAGAAGAUACCUCUAUGUUCGACUGGAUGGCACAAUGUCUAUCAAGAAAAGGGCCAAGAUCGUAGAAAGAUUCAAUAGUCCAUCUAAUCCAGAGUUCAUAUUUAUGCUGAGCAGCAAGGCUGGUGGAUGUGGCCUGAAUCUUAUUGGUGCUAAUCGCUUGGUUAUGUUUGAUCCUGACUGGAACCCAGCCAAUGACGAGCAGGCGAUGGCAAGGGUGUGGAGAGAUGGCCAGAAGAAGACCUGCUACAUCUACAGACUGUUGUCGACUGGGACGAUUGAGGAGAAGAUCCUGCAAAGGCAGGCCCAUAAGAAAGCCCUGAGCAGCUGUGUGGUGGAUGAAGAGCAAGAUGUAGAGCGUCACUUCUCUCUGGGUGAACUCCGAGAACUCUUCACUCUCAAUGAGGAGACCACCAGCGACACACAUGACAGGUUUCGCUGUCGCCGCUGUGUGAAUGGCAGGGAGGUUCGGCCUCCAGCAGAUGAGUCUGACUGUACCAGUAACCUCUCCCAGUGGAACCACUGUUUCGACAAGAAAGGCCUGAGGGACCAAGUGUUAAAAGCCUCCUGGGAUGCUGCUGUCUCCUUUGUCUUUCACCAACGCUCUCACGAGGACCAGAAGGGUGUGUUAUAGCAUGAGAAACUCAAGAGACUUUCUAUCACACCACCACGUGUACUAUAUAUCCUGAUAUUUAUUUGUUGUUCAGUUUUUCUGUUGGAUUUUUUUUUUUUUUUAUUAAACCCCAAAAAAUAAAGAAGAAUGACUAGUAGGCUCUC